AUGAGGCCGUGUAUUUUGCGCAGUAUCACCUACCAAGAUUUCACACUUGUUUUGGAGGUGUUGGCUUCGACGAGACAACUGCCCGACUGGUCGCAGCGCUGUGCAUGGCGCGAUGAGCUGGACAUUCGGGCAGGACAGUUGGAGCGAAUUUCGCUGCAGUUUGAUACCACCAAGCGCUCCCUUGAUGCUGCAAACGAGGAGCUUCAGUGGCAAGCUACCAGUGCUGAAGCCCUUCGAAUACGUUUGGCCGAUGUUUUGAGAGCUACAGCUGCUGAGGUUGGACAUGGGAACGCACUCCACACACACUGCACCGCUGUUUUUGCAGGAGCGCCGAAAUCAGGAAGUCUUGUCUGA